AAGUAAUCCGUCUUUUGAGUUCAGUGAGUGGAGUGGACAUGAACUGAAAGACAACAAUCCAAAGCGAUUACAAACGGUGUGGGGAAGCCGUUUUUUUUCCAUAUAUCUUCAGCUGGAGUCUAAAAACAUGCAACAAUGACUCAUCCACAGCUGAACGAGUUUAUUCCUCCCCCGGAGUGCCCUGUUUUUGAGCCCAGCUGGGAGGAAUUCGCCGACCCUUUUGCGUACAUCAACAAAAUCCGACCAAUUGCGGAAAAAACUGGCAUCUGCAAAAUCCGACCACCUCCUGACUGGCAGCCACCUUUUGCCUGUGAUGUUGACAGACUAAAGUUCACACCACGGAUACAGAGGCUUAAUGAGUUGGAGGCUCAGACUAGAGUUAAGCUCAACUUCCUGGAUCAAAUUGCCAAAUUCUGGGAGCUCCAAGGAUGCACUCUAAAAAUUCCACAUGUUGAAAGAAAGAUUUUAGAUCUCUACCAGCUCAACAAGUUGGUAAACGAAGAGGGAGGCUUUGAUGCGGUCUGCAGAGAACGCCGCUGGACUAAGAUCUCCGUGAAGAUGGGAUUCGCUCCUGGGAAGGCCAUCGGCUCCCAUCUGCGGGCGCACUAUGAACGGAUCCUCUACCCGUAUAACCUUUUCCAGAUUGGAUCCAAUGUGCCCAAGGCAACCUUAACCAAUGACACUAAGGACAAGGAGUACACCCCACAUGAUCUCCCACAGCGCCAGUCUGUGCAGCCCCAGGAGACCUGCAGCAUCGCUCGCCGAGCUAAACGGAUGAGAUCCGAAAGACUCUCAUUUAAAAGAGAACCUGGUGAAAUUUGUGAGAACCGCCCCAAUCUGAGGAGGAGAAUGGGAACCUAUGCUGUCAAACCAGAGCCUGUGAGAAUGGCAGUCACUGAAAUAAAACAAGAACCAACUGAACACAAGGACCCCUCAGAACAUGAAGAAACCGAUUUAACUAAAAUAAACAAACCCCCACACAGUAAAGUGGACCAAUACAUGUGCCUGAUAUGUGGAAGUGGAAGUGAAGAGGACCGCCUGCUCUUGUGCGAUGGUUGCGACGACAGCUACCACAUCUUUUGUCUCAUCCCACCCCUUCACGAUGUCCCUAAAGGUGACUGGAGGUGCCCCAAGUGCCUGGCUCAGGAAUGUGGCAAACCUCCUGUCGCAUUUGGGUUUGAGCAAGCCAGCAGGAGCUACACGCUCCAAACUUUUGGGGACAUGGCCGACUCCUUCAAGUCAGAUUACUUUAACAUGCCAGUUCAUAUGGUUCCCACUGAGCUGGUGGAGAAGGAGUUUUGGCGUCUUGUCAGCACUAUAGAGGAAGACGUCACAGUGGAAUACGGAGCAGACAUUGCCUCCAAAGAGUUUGGGAGUGGGUUUCCUGUGAAAAACAGCCAUUUUGAAGUCUCUCCAGACGAUGAGCAUUACGUGACCAGCGGCUGGAACUUGAACAACAUGCCGGUGCUGGAUGCUUCGGUGCUGACCCACAUUACAGCUGACAUCUGUGGGAUGAAGGUUCCCUGGCUGUAUGUGGGCAUGUGCUUCUCUUCCUUCUGCUGGCACAUCGAGGACCACUGGAGCUACUCCAUAAACUAUCUGCACUGGGGCGAGCCAAAGACCUGGUACGGAGCUCCUGGUUACGCUGCAGAGCACCUGGAGUCUGUCAUGAAGAAACUGGCUCCUGAGCUGUUUGAAUCGCAGCCCGAUCUGCUCCAUCAGCUUGUCACCAUCAUGAAUCCCAACACGCUGAUGAACAACGGCGUCCCGAUCUUCCGCACCAACCAGUGUGCAGGCGAGUUUGUGAUCACUUUCCCCCGAGCUUACCACAGCGGCUUCAACCAGGGUUUCAACUUUGCUGAAGCUGUCAACUUCUGCACCAUGGACUGGAUGCCUAUUGGCCGGAACUGCGUGGAUCACUAUCGUCAGCUGAGCAGAUACUGCGUCUUCUCCCACGAUGAGAUGGUCUGCAACAUGGCGUUUAAGGCGGACACGAUGGACGUGGAGCUGGCAGCGUCGUUGCGUGAGGACAUGGCCACCAUGAUCCAGGAGGAGAGGGAGCUACGAGAAAAGAUAAACAAGAUGGGCGUGGUGCGGUCCCGACAGGUUGAUUACGAGCUGCUCCCUGAUGAGGAGCGGCAGUGCUGCAAGUGUCGGACCACCUGCUACCUGUCUGGCAUCGCUUGUUCCUGCAGCCCUAACAAGAUGGCUUGUUUGUACCACGCCCAGCACCUCUGCUCCUGUCCCCAUAGCAACCUCACACUUCAUUAUAAGUUUACCCUGGAUGAAUUAUAUCCUCUGAUGGAAGCAGUGAAGCUGCGGUCAGAGUCCUACAAGGAGUGGCUCUCUGCUGUCAAAGACGUAGUGGAGAACAAAGCAUCCAAGAAAAAAGGUUUGGAGGAACUUCACAGCUUAGUGGAGCAAGCGGAAACCAAGGCUUUCCCUAAAAUUAGCCUCCUGGAUCAGCUGCGCAGCGUCAUCUCUGAGGCUGAUAAAGUUGCUGCAAUGGCACAGCAGCUUCUCAACGGGAAAAGGCAGACGAGGUAUCGCUCAGGAGGAGGAAAGUCUCCGAACCAGAACGGACUGACCGUGGAGGAGCUGCGCUCUUUUGUCCAGCAGCUGGAUAACCUGCCAUGUAACAUCCGACAGGCUCCUUUACUUAAAGACCUGCUGACCCGGGUUGAUGACUUCCAGCAGCGUAGCACCCGGCUCCUCUCCGACGAGUCGCCUAGCCCUCAGGAGCUUCAGGAGCUUCUGGAUGUGAGUCUGGGCCUGGAUGUGGAGCUGCCGCAGCUCCCGCUGCUCAGAGAGAGGCUGGAGCAGGCCCGCUGGCUGGAGGCGGUGCAGCAGGCUAGCAGCAGACCUGACAGCCUCUGUCUGGACACCAUGAGGAGGCUGAUAGACCAGGGCGUUGGCCUGGCCCCGCACAGCUCUGUGGAAAGAGCCAUGGCUCGCCUGCAGGAGCUGCUGACUGUGUCAGAGCAGUGGGAGGAGCGCGUGCUCAGCCUCAUGGAUGCCAGACCGUAUCCCAGCAUUGAGACGCUUGAUGCUGCUCUGACAGAAGUAGAAAACAUCCCUGCCUACCUGCCCAACUGUCUGCAGCUGAAGGAUGUUGUUUCAAAAGCCAAGAAAUGGCUCAAUGAAGCAGAAAUGCUUCAGAUGGGAGGACGGAUUCCUGUGCUAGACAGCCUCUCUGAGCUGGUUGUCAGGGCAGAGAGUAUCCCAGCACAGCUGGACCCGCUGAGUCGACUGAAGGCUCUCAUCAGUGACGUUCAGAGCUGGAAGGAGAGCGCAGCAAAAACAUUCCUACUGAAAAACUCCCCCCUCUCUCUCCUCGAGGUCCUCUGUCCAAGAUGUGACGUUGGGUCCGGACAUCAGAAGUGCAGGUCUAAGAAAGUAAAAGAAGCUCCACAGCUCAUCAGAAAAGCCUCGCAGAAACUGGAGUCGCUUUGUGACGUGGAGAGAGCUCUCUCUGAGAGCAGGGACUCUGCCUCUGCUAUGAGCACUUUAGCUGAUGUCCAGCAGAGGGAGAUGGAGCUCCUGUUGGCUCUCAGAGCUUCAAACGAGUCCAAACUCCUUCCUGCUGAGAACUCCUGUGCACUUAGCGUCUGUGUUUGCCAAAAGGCUCCUUCAGGUGCCAUGGUUCAGUGCGAGCUCUGCCGAGACAUUUUUCACCACGACUGCAUCUCUACAGCUGAAGACCUGGACUACGGCCAAGUCUGGCUCUGCUCGCUCUGCCAGCGGUCCAGGAAGCCGCCUCUGGACAAGGUCCUGCCUCUGCUGGCCUCGCUGCAGAGGAUCCGGGUCCGUCUGCCAGAAGGAGACGCCCUCCGCUUCCUCAUUGAAAGAACGGUCCGAUGGCAGUACAAAGUCCAGCAGGCCUGCACAAUCGGACUGCUGGAGAGGAUGGCCAACGCGGGGAGACAUGGACCCAAAACAUCUUCAUAUCUGACUCAGGAAAUAAAUGGUUCAUUUUACACAAAGCAUCGCACUCUUCCGCUCCAAGCUCUUGGUCAUGAGCUGGAGGAGCUGAUGGUGGAGGGCUUCCUGCUGCAGGUCACCCUGCCUGAGACCGAGCAGCUGUACAGAUACCUGCUGUAUAAACUGGCCCCGCUGCCCCCCCACAGCUCCCCUCGUGGGAAUGAGACGGAGCAGUCUGAGAAGGGGAGCCCCCGACACCACAAGAACGGAGGCUCCAAUCUGAAGAAAGACGCCAGUGGACAGAACAAAAGGACGAAACGCAGGAAGGACAGUUCUGACUCUCAGCACAGCGAGAAAGCCAAAAAGUCUCGCAAGAAGAAGCCCAAGAAAAGCAAAGAAAGGAGCGAGGAGUCUAAGAGGACGAGUUCGCCGUCGCACACGGUGUCCGACCCGGCGCUCUCAGACUCGGAGGAAGACUUCUCACUGUGUGCCGCGCCGUGGUGCAGAGAGCCUGAGGGGGACGAGGUAAACUGGGUCCAGUGUGACGGUAACUGUAACCAGUGGUUCCACCAGGUUUGUGUUGGACUGUCUGCUGAGCGAGCGGAGAAGGAGGACUAUGUCUGCAUAAGCUGCACACAGCCGGAUUACGACAGAGGGGAGUGACGACCAAAAAGGAUGAGCAGUCAUUUUUACACAAGCUGCAGCACUUAAACUGAACUCUGUGCUAGCUGCGGCUUCUCCUCUUUAACCCUCUGGCUUGCCCUCAGUGAAAAUGGUGCUAGUUUUUUUUUUUUGGGUCACUUGGCUGUUUUUUUCAGCUAAUCCUUUAUGAAACUUUCCACGACUGGACAUGUUGGUUUAAGGAAAACCAAUGGCGCAGGGAUUUUUGUUUUUGGUUUAUUUUCCAACCAAAAAAAUGUCGUUUUGACAUUUCAUAACAGUUUCUCCUUAGUCCUACAUCUGAACAAUGUGAGCCUGAUCUGUUCCCAUAGGGUAAAUAUUAUUUAUCAGAGCAAUAGCUGAACAGAUUGACAUUCAGCUGCCAUCUGAACUAUGUUUGUGUGUAGAAGAGGCCUUCCUGAAGAAUCACCCUCACUGAUCCUAAAACGUCACUCAGUACCGUAGAUAUUUGUGCCCCUCCCAGCUCUUUAUCUCCGACAAGUGCAGAAGUUUGCACCCGAUCAUUUGGCCGCAUCCCCUAACGGUUAACUGGCGUUCAUAUGAAGUCGGCUUUCCUUUUUUUUGCGCUGUCUGCAGAGGAAGAGGAAGUUUCCUGGAAAAGACUCGAUGAUGUUCACAGAGUGGGAAUGAACUCCCCCGACAUCAGAGGAAUGUACAUUUAGUUUUUUUGGGUGAGCUUUCCUUUUAUGGUUGAGGUUGAAAAUAUUGUGUUGGAUUUAGAUUUAACAGACUGUGUGAUUUAUUUACUAUGGGUAUAUGACCUUUUUCUUGCUCCUUUGGAUAAAUAAUAUAAUUCAUAUGUUGCAGUUUGCAUUAUUAAAUAAAAUGUUUGUUCCCAUA